AUGCCCGAGGCUAAUACGACCAGCUGCGACCUGUUCCUCAAGAGCAAGGCCAAGGCGCAGCUGCAGUCGCCCGCGGGCGGCGCGGCUCGCGAUGCCGUCCGCUGCGCGCCGAUCGACGAGGUUUGGACGUCUGGACGUCCGGGCGCGGAGCUGUCGCCCGACGGCAAGUGGCUCGCGGUCGUCGAGGCGGAGGCGCUGCGCGUGGUGGACCUGAGCAGCGGCGAGGAGGCCUUCUCGCUGCCUCGGCCGAGCGUGCGUGCGCUCGCCUUCUCGCCGCGCGGGACGUACCUCCUGACGUGGGAGAAGCUCUCCGAAGGCGUCGCAGAGAACCUGCGGCUCUGGCGGACGGCGGACGGAGCCUUCGUGUGCGGCUGGGCGCAGAAGCUGCUCGGUGAGAAGUGGCAGUGGCCGGCGCUCCGCUGGGCGGCGGACGAGUCCUUCUUUGCGCGAGCCGUGCACUGCUUCGACGGCGCCGCCCCCUCGCAGACCGUCGCGCAGCGGCUGCGCGUGCCCGGCGUCUCAAACUUUGCCAUCGCGCCGGCGGGCUCGCCGCCGCUGGUCGCGACGUUUGUGCCGGAAGGGAAGGGCGCGCCGGCGACGGUGCGGCUCUGGCGGCACGGCGACUACGGCGAGGGCCGCUUCCUCGCCUCCAAGACCUUCUUCAAGGCGGGAGCCGGGCGGCGGAGAGGCCCGCGCCCCACCUCGGCGCCUGUUCGGAACCUUCUCGGAACUGUCCUGCAGGCGGCCGAGGCGCAGCUCAAGUUCUCUCCGGACGGGCAGGCGCUGCUGGUGCGGACGCACGUCGACGUCGACACGGGCGGCAAGUCGUACGACGGCGCCUCGGGCCUCAUGCACAUGGACGCGUCCGGCGACGCGUCUGUGAUGAGGCUGCCAAAGGAGGGCCCGAUCCACGACGCGCCCGACUCGAGCGAGUUUCUGGCCUUGUUUGGCUUCUCGCCGCCGCGCGCGUGCCUCUUCUCCGGCGGCAAGGGCCACAAGGUGCUGCACGACUUUGGCGACGACGCGCGCAACACUGUCUGCUGGGCGCCGCACGGCCGCUCCUCGCUUCCGCGCACGAGCCGCUCCUUCAUUCUCGCCGGCUUCGGCAACCUGGGCGGCGAGCUCUCCUUUUGGGACCGAAAGACGCUCCGGUGCCUCUCGACAGUCGACGCCCACAUGACGGUCGCGUUCGAGUGGUCGCCCGACUCGCGCGCCUUCCUCACCGCCGUGCUGUGGCCGCGCCUCCGCGUCGAGAACGGCGUCAAGCUCUGCACCAGCCGCACGACGAGCUAA